AGCACUCCUGAAUCGGAGGGUGCCGCUUAAGGGCGAGGGUGGCGAAUCGAGGGUGCACGCACUUGUAGACGAGUAGACCCAACAAGAGAGCGCGGACAGGAACCGUCGUACGGCCAGUCCCUUACCUAUCCCCGACAGGAUGGAGAACGCACACACCAAGAACCCGGCAGAAUGCCUGGCUUACUUCGGCGUGAACGAGAACUCUGGUCUGACCCCCGACCAGUUCAAGAAGAAUCUGGACAAGUACGGCUUCAACGAGCUGCCCGCCGAGGAGGGCAAAAGUAUCUGGGAGCUGAUCGUCGAGCAGUUCGAGGACUUGCUGGUCAGAAUCCUGCUGCUGGCCGCCUGCAUCUCCUUCGUUCUGGCCUGGUUCGAGGAAGGUGAGGAGACCAUCACUGCCUUUGUGGAGCCCUUCGUCAUCCUCCUCAUCCUCAUCGCUAACGCCGUGGUCGGAGUGUGGCAGGAGCGUAAUGCCGAGGAUGCCAUCGAGGCUCUCAAGGAGUACGAGCCCGAGAUGGGCAAAGUCUACCGUUCUGACAGAAAGAGCGUGCAGAGGAUCAAGGCCAGAGAAAUUGUCCCGGGAGACAUCGUGGAGGUGUCUGUUGGAGACAAAGUCCCCGCUGACAUCAGACUCGUUUCCAUCAAGUCCACCACCCUGCGUGUUGACCAGUCCAUCCUCACUGGUGAGUCCGUCAGUGUGAUCAAGCACACAGAGUCCGUUCCUGACCCCAGAGCCGUCAACCAGGACAAGAAGAACAUGCUUUUCUCUGGCACCAACAUCGCUGCCGGUAAGGCCAUCGGUGUGGCUGUGGCCACCGGAGUCUCCACCGAGAUCGGCAAGAUCCGCGACCAGAUGGCCGCCACCGAGCAGGAAAAGACCCCUCUGCAGGCUAAGUUGGAUGAGUUCGGCGAGCAGCUGUCCAAGGUCAUCUCUCUGAUCUGCGUGGCCGUCUGGGCCAUCAACAUCGGCCAUUUCAAUGACCCCGUCCACGGAGGCUCGUGGAUCCGCGGCGCCGUCUACUACUUUAAGAUCGCAGUCGCCUUGGCUGUGGCUGCCAUUCCUGAGGGUCUCCCCGCUGUCAUCACCACCUGCCUGGCCCUCGGAACACGUCGUAUGGCCAAGAAGAACGCCAUCGUCAGAAGCCUGCCCUCUGUGGAGACCCUGGGCUGCACCUCGGUCAUCUGUUCUGACAAAACCGGAACCCUCACCACCAACCAGAUGUGUGUGACCAAGAUGUUUAUCGUCAAGAGAGUUGAGGGCAGCCACGUCGACCUCGAUGCCUUCGAUAUCUCUGGAUCCAAGUACACCCCUGAGGGCGAGGUUUCCCAGGGAGGUGGAAAGACCAACUGCAGCGCCUACGACGGUCUUGUAGAGCUGGCCACAAUCUGCGCCCUGUGCAACGACUCCUCCCUGGACUACAACGAGUCCAAGAAAAUCUACGAGAAGGUCGGUGAGGCCACCGAGACCGCCCUGUCGUGCCUGGUUGAAAAGAUGAACGUUUUCAACUCCAACGUGAAGAACCUGUCCAGAAUUGAGAGGGCCAACGCUUGCUGCUCCGUCAUUAAGCAGCUCAUGAAGAAGAACUUCACCUUGGAGUUCUCUCGCGACAGGAAAUCCAUGUCUGUUUACUGCACUCCCACCAAGGGUGACGGCGGUGCCAAGAUGUUUGUGAAGGGCGCCCCUGAAGGCGUGAUUGACAGGUGCAUGUACGUGCGCGUCGGCACCAACCGCGUCCCCUUGACCAAUGCCAUCAAGGAGAAGAUUAUGACCGUCAUCAGAGACUGGGGUACCGGCCGUGACACCCUGCGCUGCCUGGCCCUGGCCACCUGCGACAACCCUCUGAAGCCAGAGGAGAUGAACCUGGAGGAUUCCACCAAGUUCGCUGAAUACGAGACUGACCUGACUUUUGUUGGCUGCGUGGGGAUGUUGGAUCCCCCUCGUAAGGAGGUGACCGGCUCCAUCGAGCUGUGCAGAGCCGCCGGAAUCCGUGUCAUCAUGAUCACUGGUGACAACAAGGGAACCGCCAUCGCCAUCUGCCGUCGUAUUGGCAUCUUCGGUGAGGACGAGGACGUGGAAAGCAAGGCCUACACCGGACGCGAGUUUGACGACCUGCCCAUCCACGAGCAGUCCGAGGCUGUCCGUAGAGCUUGCUGCUUUGCCCGUGUGGAGCCAUCCCACAAAUCCAAGAUUGUCGAGUACCUGCAGGGUUAUGAUGACAUCACUGCCAUGACUGGCGACGGUGUCAACGAUGCCCCCGCCUUGAAGAAGGCUGAGAUCGGCAUCGCCAUGGGCUCUGGCACUGCCGUUGCCAAGUCUGCCUCUGAGAUGGUCCUGGCUGACGACAACUUCUCUUCCAUCGUGGCUGCUGUUGAGGAGGGCAGAGCGAUCUACAAUAACAUGAAGCAGUUCAUCCGCUACCUCAUCUCGUCCAACGUGGGUGAGGUCGUCUGUAUCUUCCUGACCGCCGCUCUGGGUCUGCCCGAGGCUCUGAUCCCCGUACAGCUUCUGUGGGUCAACCUGGUGACUGAUGGUUUGCCCGCCACCGCUCUGGGCUUCAACCCCCCUGAUCUGGACAUCAUGGGCAAGCCUCCACGUUCCCCCAAGGAGCCGCUGAUCUCUGGCUGGCUCUUCUUCAGAUACAUGGCCAUCGGUGGAUACGUCGGUGCUGCCACCGUUGGCGGAGCCGCCUGGUGGUUCUUGUACGACACCACUGGUCCAGCAGUCACCUACCACCAGCUGUCGCACUUCAUGCAGUGCCACGACGAGAACGAGGACUUCAGCGGCGUUGAUUGCGAAGUCUUUGAGGCCUCCCCGCCCAUGACCAUGGCUCUGUCCGUGCUGGUCACCAUCGAGAUGUGCAACGCUCUCAACAGCUUGUCUGAGAACCAGUCCCUGAUCCGCAUGCCCCCAUGGAGCAACUUCUGGUUACUUGCCGCCAUGACCCUCUCCAUGUCCCUCCACUUCAUGAUCAUCUAUGUUGACCCUCUGCCCAUGAUUUUCAAGUUGACCCAUCUGACUGUAGAGCAAUGGAUCGUUGUCCUCAAACUUUCCUUCCCCGUCAUCUUGAUUGACGAGGUGUUGAAGUUUGUCGCCCGUAACUACGUUGAGUGUACGGAAGGGAAAUAGAGAUGUAGAAGAAGAUCUGGAAAGGGUUGGUUAGAAAUAGGUGGAGAAGACCUCGAGAGGAAGGAGCGUCGUUGCCGUAAAAGGCCCAACAGAACCAACCAACAGAGGAGGGAAGAUAAAACACAGGGAAAUGUGCGAAAAAAAAAAAAAAAAAAAUCUACAAAAUGUGUCAAAAAUCUAUACAAAAAUAGCCUCUCUCUAUAUAUAUAAGGAAGGAGAUAGAAAAUUUCAAAAAGCGAGAUGUCCUUCCAAAUUAAAUAUUUAAGAUUUUAUUCUCAGCAAUGAUGUAUUAAAAGUGACUUUUUUUUUUCUUUUUGUUAAACUCGGAUAUUCUCAGCCGUCGUGUUUUUGUGUCCUCUGUCCAUUUUUCCGACGAUAGUUUUUUUGUUUUUGUUUUUUUUUUCAGCUCUUGCAGUCUUUAUGGCCCCCCCCCCCCCCGGCGAGCUCCGCACGAGCGCGCCGGAGGGUCGCGUCGAUGAACGUCACGUUAGGGCAGAUUACAGCAAAUACAUCGUCCCCGCGGCCGAGGGGGGGGGGGGGGGUGGUCCCGCUCGGCGGUCUCUUGACACACGUUGGGCAUGUUCACGCAGUCUCAACACUUUUGGUCUUAUAUAUUGUUUACGCGAUGACAUGAAAUAAACUGAUGAUGCCAAACUCGUGUACCUGCAUUGCUGAGCAUAUUUUAUCGAUUAAUCAUGAUUUUGUUUUUUUUUUGUAUUAACCCAUUUAAAUGUUUUACAUCCAAGAUUGAGAAGGGAGUUAAUUACAUGUUUAUGUCAUUGUUUUUGCAUUUGAUUAUAGAAGCGUCACACUAUUUUUUUUGUUUGUUUAUUGGUCUUUUUGUUUAGACUUAAUUCGAUGUUGUUAGAGCUGUAUUCCUAUUUAUUCUCAUAAUUUUCAUAAAAGUGCUGACUGCUCAUGUUGUAAAAAUUGCUUUUACAAUCACCAACGUCUGAGGACAAUAAAGGUAGAACACUGUUGAAUGCCUUUAAAAAAAAGUAUGUGUAAAUGAUGCAAAUAUAAUUUGUAAGCGAUAAUGACACAAAUUUAAAAAAUAGCUUGUAAAAACAGAUGGCAUUAACGUGAAGGAUGUUAGGACACAAGCGUUGGAUAGUAGCACGGUCGUAACAUUGUCAAAUUUUUGUUCCAGUUACGU